AUGACCAGCGGAGGUAUAACCCUACAAAACCUACCCAAGGAACUACCAGUCGACUUUCUCAAGGAAAUUACGAAGAACUUCUCCAAUGAGCUACUACUUGGUACAGGUGCAUUCGGGUCAGUUUAUAAGGGGAUUCUGAAUGAUGGUGGAGUGGUUGCUGUGAAGAGACUCGCUGAAAAUUCACCUGUGCCACGUGACAAAAUAUUUGCGAAUGAGGUUCAGAAUAUUAUGGCCCUUGAACAUGACAAUAUUGUCAAGUUGGUUGCAUACUGCCGUGAAGCAAAUAACAGGUUGGUGCAGAGCAAUGGAAGACACAUUAUUGCAGAGAUAACUGAAACUUUACUCUGCUAUGAAUACUUACCUAAGGGGAGCCUUGACCAGAAUCUUUUUGGUACAUCAGCCAGUAGCAUUGAUUGGAACGAACGCUUCAAAAUAAUAAAGGGGAUCUGCGAAGCUAUACAUUUUCUGCAUACCUUGUCUAGUCCCGUUCUCCAUUUGGGUUUGAAGCCUCAAAAUAUUUUGCUGGAUGGCAACAUGACACCGAAAAUUGCUGAUUUCGGGUUCUCCAGAAUAUUUGGCCAAGAACAAACCCGAAUGAAUACACGAAGUGUUGUGGGAUCGGUUGGAUACAUGGCCCCGGAGUAUCUAUAUAAUGGUGAAAUCUCGGCCCGCUCAGACAUAUAUAGUUUAGGACUAAUCAUCAUGGAGAUCUCCACGAAAGAGAAGAAUAGUCCUAGCACUGACCAGAAGCAUGCAAGGAAUUAUGUUGAUGGAGUAAAAAAAAUUUGGACACCGGAGAAAAUAAUGUCCGAAUACCCCGAUAUAGAAGACCAUUGUACCGAUCAAGUAGAAGAAUGCAUCAACAUUGGUCUACAAUGUGUGGAGAUUGAUCAGCACAAGAGGCCUACCAUACAGAAGAUUGUCAACAUGAUCAAUAAGCUACCAAUGAAUUAG